AUGUCGGCGUCCGCUGGACCCCAGGGCAUACCGGGAUACAAGCCGGCUAGCCUUAGAGCCCUCAAACCAUACUACGGAGGACACCGGCCUGGCGUCAAGCCCGGUCCCACCCCCUUACCACCUCGGAGUAGAGCGGAGGGUCUUACCUACAUCAGCCGUCUCGCAGUCCCUGAGGACUUGGCAAACCUCAUUAGGGCCACAGAGUUCUACUCAAAGAUCUGUACCCGCGAAUGCAUAGCAACUACCUCUGUCACUACUUUCUCCAGUCACCCAGGGCAGCGGGGUGCCCUCCUGGAACUGCAACUUCCUCUAGGAAUACAUGGCGCGCUCUUCGAACCAAAUAGUUAA